GGGGCGCGAAUGAGGACUCCAUGCUCAUGCAGUACUGACUCAUCUUGACCUCGGGCAGGGCUCUCAGGGUGCCGCAACAACUCCCCUUUGGAGGUUGAGGACGCGCUCGCAGCCCAGCCCAACAUCGAGUGAACGGCGUUCCUACUCCUACGCUUUCCUACGAGGCGAGGGAGAAAGGCGGCUCCUCCUCUGUGAGGUAGCUUGGAGUCAUAGCGGCGCGGCCAAUCACCAACAGCGGAGCGCUCGGGGCGGUCCCCUUUAACUCUGGGGUGACUCCGGAGCGGGUCUGCAGAGGAGGAAGUGGUCGAGCGGCUCUCAGGGAUUUACCGGGUCCGCCUCUUUCCCUGAUCGCCAGGCGGAACUGCCAGUACUGCUGCCAUGGACUCGCUAGUGAAGAAGUACCAAGACUUCAUGAAGGGAGCAGAUCCUCGGAUUGCCUCAUAUCCACUGAUGGGCUCACCCUGGCUCAUGACAAGUAUCUUGCUGAGCUAUGCCUAUUUUGUACUCUCAUUGGGGCCACGGAUCAUGGCCAACCGAAAGCCUCUGAACCUCAAGAAGUUCAUGGUUGUCUAUAACUUCUCCUUGGUAGCACUUUCGCUCUACAUAGUCUAUGAGUUCCUUAUGUCAGGCUGGCUGACUGGUUACACCUGGAGGUGUGACCCUGUGGACACAUCUCAAGAUCCCCAGGCCCUUCGGAUGGUCCGUGUAGCCUGGAUCUUCAUCUUUUCCAAAUACAUUGAACUGAUAGACACGGUGAUCUUUAUCCUAAGAAAGAAGAACGAGCAAGUGACUUUUCUGCAUGUUUUCCACCACUCAGUGCUGCCCUGGAGUUGGUGGUGGGGUGCCAAGUUUGGCCCAGGAGGAAUGGGUUCAUUCCAUGCUAUGGUAAACUCUGUAGUACAUGUGGUGAUGUACUUUUACUAUGGGUUAUCAGCUGCAGGGCCAGCCUUCCAAAAGUACCUGUGGUGGAAGAAGCACAUCACUGCUAUCCAGCUGCUGCAGUUUGUGAUCGUCUCCAUCCACGUCUCUCAGUACUACUUCAUGCCCACCUGCAAAUACCAGUUCCCCAUCUUCAUCCACCUCAUCUGGAUUUACGGUGUCAUCUUCUUCCUCCUCUUCUCCAACUUCUGGUACCAAUCGUACACCAAAGGCAAGCGGCUGCCCAAGGUCUCAAAAGAGUCCCAGCACAAUGGUUUCCAUGAGAACGGUGCCAUUGCUAAUGGCAAAGCCAAAGCCAACUAGGGGUGGGUGGGACCAAGGUAACUCGGACCAACUGACCCCAUGUCUGGGCCUUUUAGCCAGACCAAGUGCCUACAGACUGUUGUCUUGCAGUGUCAAGCCAUCUUCCCAGCUGCCCUGUAUCCCACAUUGCCUGGCCUUCAGCUGUCCUGGGGGGAGAGGCUUCCUGGACUGUCAGUGCUGGAUCCAGCCCAAGGUCUCCAAAGUGCCUGUGUCUGUCCUGGGCUGGGCUCCUUCCAGAGCUGGACCAAAUCAGAACCCUGUCCCUCUGUAGCUAACAGAUGGGGCAUAUCUCUCCAUUUAAUUCCAUGUAUUCCUUGUGACCAGGUGGGAAUCUGCUCCCCUGUCCUCCCUACACUCCAUGUUGCCUUCUGUUCGCUCUGUCCCCUUUAUCCCCAUUGGUGCCCUGCCAUUCAUACUUGAAUGUGAGUGGCCCCUGUUGCUCUGGGCUCAGACUCCCCAGAGAUGUCUAUUCCUGCUCUGUAUGCAGGUGGGGUGCUAUAGGCCAGGGGUUUCAUUCCUACUGCCUUGGCUGGCCUCAGUGUUGAUCCUUUCCACAUAACUCCCCAGCUUUUGAUUGUUCUGAUCUCUGGACCUUAGCAAUAACUCUGGACUUUGCUCUCCGUGGGUUGAUGACCACAAGCUCUUGCUGCACUGAGGCCCAGGGAGAAGAAAUAGGACCCUGUUGUCCUGCUUGCAUGCUGUUGCUGUGUGCCUUUUUAAAUGUUGUUGUUGUUGUUGGAUCUGCUCCAAGGAGCAGGGACUCCCUGUAUUCUGUCUUGGGGAGGAUUCCUCGGAGGGGCGGGGGACUCCCUCCUACCUGAAUGACUCACUUGUAUUCACAGAAAUAAAUGGUCAGAAAGAGAAAA